GAUUGUUCUCUUGUUUCUUUCCUCCCCUUAUAUACACAACCUCUGUCACCGUACACAAACACGCCCCUAGCUUCCACCUACGGUACCAUCAGUACUCCCACCCUCCUUAUAAUCCCGUACCUCGCCAGCUCAGACUCGUGCCUCCCCUCGCCCCUCCACCGCCAACCACACCACCGCUAUAUCUUUCAACAUGACCGUCGACGCUCAGAGCAAGACCAACUUCAAUGUUCCUGAAGCUUACCAGCUGCAAGAGGUAGUCGGCGAGGGUGCCUAUGGCUUAGUAGUCUCGGCUACCCACGUUCACACUGGCACCAAAGUCGCCAUCAAGCGCAUCACCCCGUUCGACCACACCAUGUUCUGUCAACGGACUUUGCGAGAGAUCAAGCUCCUGAGGCACUUCCGCCACGAGAACAUCAUCUCCAUCCUCGACCUCAUCAAACCCGCCUCCUAUGCCUCAUUCACUGAAGUCUACCUCGUCCAAGAACUGAUGGAGACUGAUCUACACCGAGUCAUCCGAAGCCAGGAUCUCUCCGAUGACCACUGUCAAUACUUUGUCUACCAAACUCUGCGUGGCCUCAAAGCCAUGCACUCUGCCGACGUCCUCCACCGAGACCUCAAACCCUCCAAUCUGCUCCUAAACGCCAACUGUGAUCUCAAGAUCUGCGAUUUCGGCCUCGCCCGUUCGUCGGCAAAGAAGGACCCGGGGGCGGAGACGGGGAAUGGGUUCAUGACCGAGUAUGUUGCUACGAGGUGGUACAGAGCGCCGGAGGUCAUGCUUUCGUUCCAAGAGUAUACCAAGGCGAUCGAUCUUUGGAGUGUGGGAUGUAUUCUUGCAGAGAUGUUGACUGGCAAGCCCCUCUUCCCUGGACGAGACUACCAUCACCAGCUUUCUCUGAUCCUCCAAGUCCUCGGUACCCCGACCAUGGACGACUUCAACGAGAUAACCUCUCAGCGCUCUAAAGAUUACCUCCGAGCCCUCGAGUUUACCCGGCGCCAGGACUUUGCGACCAUCAUCCCCAAAGCCAAGCCCAACGCCCUGGACCUUCUCCGCAAGACUCUGACGUUUUCUCCGACAAAGAGGAUUACGGUGGAGGAGGCUCUCAACCAUCCUUAUGUCGAGGCAUACCACGACAUGAACGAUGAGCCCGCUUCGGACCCCCUCCCCGCCGGAUUCUUCGACUUUGAAUACUCUCAAGACAAGCUUUCCCGAGAUCAAUGGAAACAGAUGAUCUACAACGAAGUCACUCGAGAGGUCAACGAAGUCCUCAAGUCAUAAAUUGCAUUCUUCAUAUUGCAUACGGCGAAGAACACAUGGCGGGGCUGUGUGGGCGCCUGGAGAUUGGUGUUGGUCAGAGGGUCUUAAUUGUUCUUAUGCUCUAUUGGCAUUGUUUAUCAUUGUGUGAUAUAUAUAUCCUUAGUCGUCAUCUAUAUACCCCAGUCUCGUCCUCUUUAUUCCUAGUAGUCGUCGUUCUUGGAUACCCCCCACCUCGUUACUUCUUGCGGAUACCCUCAUUUAUUUUGAGAUAGCUUCUUCACUCAUUCAGAAAUGUAUCGUGUCCCGUACCAA